AUGGCUGAAACCGCAACCUCUAAUGCUCCCAUCGGGCGUCUCCCUCACUUGCCCUUUCUUGGCGCUGCAACGCAACGCCACGGAACCAACGCUGAAACGGAUGCUGUGUCUUAUCAAUUCUGGAAUAAAUUCAGGCUCAAUUCCGAUAAGCCUCACCCUAAGACUGAAAUUGUUUUUAGUAAUUCUAGCCGUGGAUUAAAUAAACCCAGCGCUAGAAUUACAUGGCUGGGAUCUAAUUCUGGAAUCCACCUGGAUAGCGACUCAGGAUUUUUACUGCUGGACCCUGCAGCUGGGCUGGGAUUGCACGAAGCGAAGCUGCUUCUCUCGUCAACGUCAGGCGACGAGCAAGAGCUCACCGUUUACGCUGACGUCAGCAACAUCGGAGUUGCUGAAGCGCUCAGAUCUACUCCAGUCGACCUCGCCAUCCUGCCUCGUGACCUCCUGACGAGUUCUGACGCUGAGGAACCAAACUCAGAUUCUUCUGAAUCUUUGCUGGACCGACUCCUGAAGCUGCUGAAUCAGCAGCUUGCUGAAUACUCUGCUGAAGCAGGGACAGACUGGCUGAAGUCCCACGAUAUGUCAGCCAUUCAGCCACACGUCAUGACUGUGGCUGUAGAAACCAUACAGCUCAGCCAUGAUAGCCACACCAGAGUGUGGUUGCUUCAACGGUCACCGGAAAGCCAGCACGGAUUCUCUCUGGAGUCUCUAAUAUUCCAGCAUCAACACGAGAUCAAGGCCGCAGUCGGAGCGGCUGUGUUGGGCGCGGGCGUUGCGGCGCUGGGCGAGUGCGCGUCACGACGAGUUGCGUGCCGCUGUUGCUGCCGCGACAUCGCGACGCUGGGCCAGCGCUGGCACCUCGCAGAUGCCGGCGAUCGCAGCCACGCCGGGCCUUCCCUGCGCAUACAAUCUUACUGCAGGUGUCCAGCGCAGGACGGGGCCGAAGAAGAGCGCGGGCAGCUUGCUAGCCUGACUUCGGCGCGCGCCGUCACGGCCGCGCGACAGCCGCCCUGCAGCCGGCGCGCCUGCCGCAACGGCGGCAAGUGUCUGCCUCAUGCCGCGCCCGAGUCCAGGUACCGUCCUGGGUACCGCGUUGUGCCGAAAUAUUAUGAGCAGCUGGCCUUUACUUCAUUUGAUUGUGUAACUGUCCGAGCCAUACGGUGGGGCCACACUGCAAACUUCUCACCCGGCAUUUCGUGCGUCAACAAACAAUUCCAGGACCUCGGGUCGCCAGGCGCCAUGACCGCGAGCGUGGCUGGCUGUCGCGCCCUCUCCUGCUUCCGGCCCUCGAACACUUGUCCUCGCAACGCCCGAUGCCAGGGGUCGCCAGGCGCGGAGCAGUGCGCGUGCGCACCGGGGCGGGCGGGUGCCAGCUGUACGACCGAGGCGCCGUCUCUCUUCUUCCUCAGCAAGAGUUACGUCAACGUCGCUCUUGCCUUCACCCCGCCCGAGUAUUGGGCGCAAAUCGAGUUAAGGUUCCGGACGCGGACAAGCGACGGCACACUUGUGCUUCUGCGGUCACGUCACCGCACAGACUGGCUGAGUGUGGAGCUUCAGACCGCCAGUGUUUGUCUUGUCGUUGGCUUGGACGGUCGUGUGUGCACGUCGCUCUGCGUUACUAAAAAAUUGGACGACGGAAAUUGGCAUCGUGUCGUGGCGAAGAGGCACUCAGAGUUGCUGGAGAUCGCCGUAGACGAGGCUGAGCAAGACACGUACGCCAGCGCUCUGCUGCCAGAGCUGCGGAGUUUACCUUUCAGC